GGCACGGCGGGCGAUGGGGCGGCUCAGUGGUGCCGUGGAGGAGGCGAAGAAGGAGGGCAAGGAUGUGGUCAAGAAGGUGUCAGGUGUGCCGCGGAAGCAAGGACGUACGUAUAUGCAGCACACACAUGCCCGGGAGGGGGAGGGGGGAAUGGGUGCGCUGUGGAUGGAUGGAAUCUCUCCUGUGUGUAUCUGUUUCAGGCGCCCUUGGUGAAGGACGCGGGUGUUCGCCUCUUGGCGGGAGCUGGAGCAGCCAUUCAUCGAGUUCAUCGCAAACAUGGGCGGACGGCCUCAGUGAUCGGAGGCCAUUGAUACCAAGCACUGCUGCUGCUGAGGCCGCACCGGCCUCACGUCGUUGCACUGCUGUUGAGGCCGCACCGACCGUCCGUCGCACCCCUUUUUGGGUGCCUGCCCCUCCCCGCCCUCGGCUGCCACAGCGAAGAGAGGCCACGGAAGCACCGGCAGCCCAGCCGUCUGCCGAUGGUGCGCAGGUGCAGGCCAGAGCUGCAUCUGCAUGUGCGGCCCCCCUGACGCUCGAGGGAGCUGUGCUGCCCGUCGCUUCACCCACCAGGCGGCAUGAGCCUCCACCAACUAUUCCCGCUGUCGAGGAGGUCAAGGAGGUCAAGGAGCCCAAGGAGGCCAAGACGACUCCUGUGGCUGACGUGCAGCUCAUAGCGGACCUAUCCGUGAUCUCUGUAGAGGACGUAGAGGUGGCCUCUGUCAUGUCUGGGGAGCCACCGUCAGCUGACAACACUCUCAAGGAGUCGCCACCACCACCACCACCACUACCACCAGCAGACGAGGAGGAGGAGAAGAAGCCUGUCGUGAAGGCGCCCUCACUCACUCCCACGCCCCCAGCCGCCCAGGAGGCCACUGCGGCCGAGCCCAAGCCAGUGGUGCCGCCCGAGUUGCCAGAUCCGAAAGAACAGCAGCCAGCAGCGGUUGACGUUGCCGCCACUUCCUCUGCCGAGGAGAGCGGUGGCACCCAGGUGGCUAGACGAGGUAGGGACGGAGGGCAGAGGGAGAGAGCCAGCGGCUCGUCGCCGUCGACGAGCGCCGCGUCACCUGCCGACGGCGAUUCCAUCCCGUCGGAAGAGGAUGCAUCGCCGCAGCCAUCACCACAGCCAUCGCCAUCAAGCGGACCCCUCCUACCCCACCCCGCCACAUCGACCAUCGACCCCACCGUCGCCCCCUUCAGCAGCAAGGCCGUGCCGCUCGAGAUGCACUCCUUCGGCAGCAGCUACUACUUCAACAACCGCACCAUCAGCAUAGCUGCUGAGGUGCAGGGGAGGGAGUGCAUCGUCAAGUUUCGGGCACCCAGGGCACUGCUGAGGCAGAUGGGGGCACUAUGCGCUGAUCCGGCGGACCAGGAGGAGUUGAACGAGGCCGCACUGCGUGGCAUUGAGGACGAAGGGCAGCUUCUUCAUCGGCUGGAGGGGCAGCUCAAGGCGCCACCUCUCGUGUCUAAGGAGGGUUCUGGCCAGCAAGCCGCCCCUUCGUACUUGAGCUCCCUGCCCCUGAUGUGGCCAACAGGCGAGGCGCUAUGGGAGGCACCGGCACCGUGACGAUGAGGCUCAGCGGGCCGUACUACUCUGUUGAAGUCAUGAGUAAGUCGACACUCACACCAAACACGAGGCAAUGCCAAACCUCCAAAUAAUGUCGGUGUCUCUCUAUGUGAGUGUUUGGAGAGUUCGAGGGCCACGACGCACUCAACCUCACUCAGGUCACCCUGCUACGCGCCGCUGCCAGCCACCAGGUCGCCCACAGGCUCACUUCCCACACCGCUCUGAAGCCGUUUCAACAAGAUUUCGGCCAGCCGCUCAGCACCGGUCCCCUCAAGUCCGUCGCCGCCACGUCGCGCCACAUCAUUCACAAGGGCCUGGUCAAGGCACUUGACACCCUGCGGCACUUCGGGAGCCCCAAGAUCCUCCACCCCCUCCCAUCACACGCCCCAGAGGGCUACCCGAGGCCUGGCCCGUCUUCGCCCGAGCUAAGGGACUAUCACGAGGAGGGCAGCAUGGACGUGGGCCUGUGGACGAACCUGCCUUCCAUUCAUGGUGACCCCACACGGAGGCAACCUCUUGCUGGUGGGGAGCAAGGAGGCCGCCGAUGUGGUGCACAUCGACUAUGAGACGACGAGAGAGCUGCGGCGGCACCAAUUUCCCAUCUUCGACGAGGAGAUGUGCUCGCCGGUGCCAUUCGUCCCCAUCACAUGUGACCUCAAGGAGUCCGCCUGUCAGGAGACAGCAGCCACAGCCAGUACACGGAUAUCUACGGGGUGGUGCUGACGGUCGCCAUGGCGGCACUCGCGGGGCACCCGGCAUUGUCCAAGACCUUCAUGGAUGGGCUCGGUUCGAGUGGGACGGCAACAAUGGCACGCUCUGCAGCCGACUGACCGAGUUCCGGGGGGAGCAGAAACAGGCUGCAACGGGCUGCGCCGGCAAGGACAAGAGGCUGCAGUUCCAGAAGCAGGGGCUGGCGGAUGCGACCAAGGCGCACGACGACCUCAUGAUCGACAUCGAAGCGUACAUCGACCGAUACACGAAGGACAAGAGGUGCUGACGGUCGCCAUGGCGGCAC